UGUCUUGUCACUUGUCAGAGUUGUUUAUCUAGAUAUCUGAUUAAAUUGUAGCGUACUAUAUUAAAAAAAGAGUAUUGGAGAUAUAUUUUAAUGUUCUUUGUGUUCAUCGUUAAAUUGUAUUAAAAUGGACGAGUCAAAGACAGUUUGGAUUGGUAAUUUGUCAAAUAAAGUUACUGAAGAACUCCUUUUUGAGCUGUUCCUUCAAGUGGCUCCCUUGGAAAAAGUAAGAAUUCCAACAGAUAAAGAAGGCAGGCAGUCCAAUUUCGCAUUCGUUACCUUCAAACAUGAACAAUCUGUAGAAUAUGCAGUACGACUGUUAAAUGGGAUUAAAAUGUAUGAUAAAAACCUUAAUAUAAAACCUAAAAACCCAAGUGCUAUGACCCAAAACCAUUUCCCUGAAAGAAACUUCAGUCAUGAGAAUCAAUAUGGUCAUAUGAACAACCAGAAUCAGUUUUAUAAUAAUGAAAGAGACAACAGACAAAAUAGACAUAACUUUCGUGAUAGGGAUAAUUAUAGAGAUGAUAGAUACAGGGAUAAUCCAUAUUCUAGGCAUGAUGAUAGGGAUAGGUACGAUCAUAAUAGACAGAAACAACAUUACAAUGAGAGAAGGGGUAACUUUGAUGGUAGAGGAAAUAAUAGGCGAAACAAUAGCUCCGAUGGCCGAUAUUUUGCAAACCAAUAAUGCAGAAACCUAAUGUUAUGAAGCAGGAUUAGCAGCAGCCAAUACUGAACAUCUAGCAUUCAAGCUGGCAUGUAUUCCUGCUUUGGCAAUUGUGACUCUACCUUGUUCCAUAACUUCGUGAAUGGCAGUUCUAUCAACAUCACUCAUUUUAUCGAAUUCAUCAAUACAAACAACUCCUCUAUCUGCAAGAACCAUAGCACCCGCUUCUAGACGUCUUUCACCAGUUUCCUGAUCUGUUGUAACUGCUGCUGUCAAACCCACUCCAGAAGAUCCUCUACCUAGAAAAAUUAUAAAAUUUUACCAAUAAAACAUGUUCAUUUUGUUAAAGUACAUAAUUUGUUUUUUAGAUGUUUUAUUUUAUACUGUGGUUUCUGCAGUAUGUAGUUUGAUUGAUAUUUAAAGUGACGCAAAAUACUGUAAUUUGUUGAACAAAAUUAAUUAAACUGUCGACUAAAUUAAA